AUGUUCGGAGGAAUCGCAGAUCGCACAAACGCCUUUCGCAUGAACCGAAGGCGGUUGGGAAUUUCUUUGAAUCAUGGCGGUCUCGAAGGCAAGUGAUCUCUUCGAUGUUAUAACCUAAAAAUUUUGAAUCAAAUCAAGACUAGUGAACAUCAAAGUGAGGAAAACUUCACAGAUACUACUUUUUGAUAGAAGGAAUAGCGCUCUUUUUGUUGGAGCAGCAUCAUCUUGGAAAAAAAAACAGUAGCGUUAUAAAAAUAUUUUCUCAAAUUUUUCUCAUCUUUUGGGUUCAACGCGUCUAUAUAUAUAUAUAUAUAUACUCUUCUCUCGGCAGUUAUCCAUAUAUAUGAAUAGCUGCCGAGAGAAGAGCUCGCUGGUGGUACAUUUACGAACUCGUAAAUCUGCCGCUUUUACGCUGCGCCGGACUCACAUUCUUGUGCAAAAUGCGCAUUUUUCGCGGCGCAACCUCGCAUUUUAGCUGUAUUUUUUUUCAAAUGUUUUUUUUUUGUAUUUUUGCGAGAGGAGAGCCAUGAAAAAGCGAAGUUGCGCCAAGAUAAAUGCGGAACCGGCGCGACGCGGCAGAUUUGCGUUUUUGCUUACCGCUUUCGACCUCGCCUUUCUCUCGCGAUGGACUAGGCAGUCAUCCUUAGUGAGAAGAAUUUAACACAAAGCUCAUUUGUAUUCUUUCGAUUCACCUGUGUAACUUUUUUUCUCAUUCUUCAUUCUUUGUCAAAUACAAAUAGUAUAUAAUAAACAGGGAGUUAAGCGAAAAAGUUUCAAAGCUUCAGAAACAAAACGACAAAAAAAGAGAUUGUAGAAGUUUUCAUUUUUUUAUUCGUGGUAUACUUCUUAUUUUUUUAUUUUUGUUUUUUUGACUUUUUCAAAAUUUCAGUUUGCUCAUUUUUAGCUUAAAGGAAACUGAAGCAUGAUUUUCUAUAAAGUAAUCAUUCAAGUACUUCUUUAUCAAGCGAUGAAGGUGAGCCUCGGCGACAAGCCAUCGAGACGCGCGUGUGGAAUUCCCUUUUUUCUUCGUUUCAUGUUGCAUUUUCUCUGUUUCUCUCCGUUAGCUGUGCACCUUCUGCAAAUCUCUUUUUCUCACUUACUUCAUUAUCAAAUGUCUCUACGCCUUUAGUAUCUGUUCGAAAUUGAUUUCUUCAUUUCAUCCUUUUUUCUGCAAAACGUUUUCCCUGCUCGAAAAAUUCAUCAUUUUCCUUUCCACACCUAAUAUAAUUUUCCAGACAUCUACCGCAAUAAUUGGGAACAGUGCUCCUCACCGCCAUCUGAUUGUCAGUUUAAUAAAUCAGGCGUAGAUCGUUGCAAGACGAUCGUGUCAAAGGAAAAUUGUGGUUCAGGUCACAUAGGCAUCAAUAAUUAAAAUUUUUCUUUUUUGAAGGUGAGCUAGAUACGGGUCCUAGUAGUGCAAGUUCGCCUCAUCCUCAACCGCACGUUUUCUUUUCAUCAACUUCACUAACUGUUCACUCAUCUGACUCUGCUGAGAAAAGCAUCGAAGAACGUGUCAGAAUGCCAAACAUCAAGGUUCGUAAAUGCCAUACUUUUCAAAGUCUAUUUGUGAUUCGCGGUAACUGACAUGAAUUUCAAUUUUCCGGUUUUCUCGGGAUCUUCACACAAGGAUUUGGCUGGUCGCAUUUGCGAACGGCUACAGCUGGAGGUCGCCAAGGCGUCACUAAAAAAAUUUAGUAACAAGGUUGACUUUAAAACUGUUUUUUGAUAUACACUUUUAUGCAGGAGACGAACGUGGAGAUCGGAGAGUCUGUGAGAGGAGAAGAUGUGUACAUCAUACAAUCGGCGGCCGGGGAGAUUAACGACAACCUCAUGGUAUUUUUGUUCAUUUGUCAAACAUGAAACACGAAAAUAACGGAAAUUUUCUUGCAGAAUAAUUUUGCUUGCAUUUUUAGGAGCUUUUGAUAAUGAUCAACGCUUGUAAAAUUGCUUCUUCGUGUCGUGUAGCAGCCGUUAUUCCUUGUUUCCCAUAUGCAAGACAGGACAAAAAGGACAAGAGCCGAGCUCCAAUAUCUGCUAAACUCGUAAGAUUUUCUACGGCGUUAUCACGCAUCCGCUCAACAAUAGGUCGCGAACAUGCUCUCUGUGGCUGGAGCCGACCACAUUAUCACUAUGGAUCUUCAUGCGUCGCAAAUUCAGGUUUUCAUGAGUUUUUUGGUCAUCUUCAAAAAUCAUUGUUGAGGGCUUUUUUGAUAUACCCGUGGACAACUUGUACGCUGAACCAGCAAUUUUAAAGUUCAUCAAAGAGUCGAUUCCAAACUGGCAAACUUCAGUUAUCGUUUCUCCUGACGCUGGAGGAGCCAAAAGGUUACUUGAUAUUUUCUUAUAACAAAAGGGCUUGUAAUUUCAAACUGAUUUCAAUAUAUAAUUUUCGAUUUACUGGAUGGUCGGAAGUUUACGGCUUUGAACAUUUAAGAAUAAAAAUUCUCAUAUUUCAGUUUCAUUUUGAUUCUCAAAAGUUGUUCAGAGUAGAGAGAGAAAAUGAAAGAAACUUUUCAAAACUUGAUUCGAAGUUAUUGCAAGUUCAACGAGUUACGAGUUGAAAAAAGAGUUUAAAAUCUUUUUUUUCAAAUCCCUUCUCAUUUAGACUAUCAGAACACAAACGUUUUUAUUAGUUCACACGAAUUCAUCAAUGACUUUUUAGGGUUACGUCUAUUGCCGACCGCUUGAACGUCGACUUUGCUCUAAUCCACAAAGAACGGAAAAGAGCCAACGAAGUAGAGAAAAUGACGUUGGUCGGCAGCGUCGAGAACAAAGUUGCGAUUCUUGUGGACGACAUGGCCGACACGUGCGGAACCAUCUGCAUGGCUGCUGACAAGUUUUCAACAAUCGUUGCAAUUUUAAUUACAAAAAACGUUGAGGUUGGUCGAGGCUGGUGCUGAGAAAGUCUACGCUUUCUGCGUACACGGGAUCUUUUCUGGACCGGCCCUCACGCGUCUCAACAAUUCCAAGUUCGAAGCGGUCGUCGUGACAAACACGAUUCCUCAAGAAAACAACAUGAAGCUGUGUCCCAAGAUUCAGGUAGAGAUCCAUUUUAAAACUAUAGAUAGUCAUAAUCUGACUAGGGAACGUUUUUUGGCCCCCAGUUGAACUUUUGAUGAAACUUUGCUGAGGUGGACUUGAGGACCUCUUGACUCCAGAACAAGAAAAAAAAGUUUCACAAUAUUUUACAAAUUUUGAAGCUUUAUAAAUCGAAAACAAGAUCUAUUGAGAGGAAUAUUCAUCUAGUUUUGGACAGUCCUAAAGUGAACUUCAUAAAAUUUUCAUCAAAAGUUCAACCGGGGAAAUUUCACCUAGUGAGGUUUUUCAAUUGUAAUAAUUUUUUCAGUGCAUCGACAUCUCUAUGAUUCUGGCUGAAGCCAUCAGGCGCACACACAAUGGCGAAUCAGUGUCCUAUCUAUUUUCACAUGUGCCUAUUUGUUGAAUCUCAUCAUUCUAUUCCUGUUACGCACGUUUUUUGUUUUCUCAUUUUGUAUUUCUUUUUGUUGUAAUAAUGCUGUUAGCGAGUUAGACAAUUCUUUGUCCAAAUUCAAAUAAGUUUUUAUUUGUGUUUGUUCGUGAAAACUCAAAAUGCAUUUUUGUUUUGACAUAAACAAUGUGAAUAAGUAGUUUUUGCAAUGCGAAUGAGAUUUCCGUAUCUCUAAUUGUACUUUCAUACAAAAAGCUGGUAGAAAGUUUUGACUUAAUACCCUGUUUCAAUUUUAACUUUCAAGAAAGUGCAUGUAAUUAAAAUGAGCUAUAUAAGAAAUUGAGCCGCUCUCUUCAGAAAUAAUGUAUCAAUGAUGGAUGAAGCGGCCACGAGAAGUGCUUUAGAAUUAUCGCAAAAAGCGGUUCAUUUCGACCAGGCAAGCUAUUUCUAGCCGAUUUGUUGAACCUUUUUAACCACUGGUCAAUCGGCGUCACAAAAUUAGAUAGUCUGUUUGUAUUCUGAAUUUCAAGCAGCUAACUCCGUCUCCAGGGAUACAAUAUCCUUUGCGUCGAUGUUUUAUCGCGCCUGACGAUUCUUGCGUGAAAUAGUAAAAAAAAUUUAGGGCUGUUAAAGAACAGUGCUAAAUUUUUUCACUACUUUUUCAAGAUGUAUAGGCCAAUCCGCGCCAGCUUGUCACGUUUUUCUUUCCGCCAAAAGGCCAGGUCAAAUUUGAACAACUUCGCUUCAAGACCUCCGUUUCUUGCCUUUAUAAACGCAGAAAUUUGAUCUAAUUUGGUAUGCGGUCUUUUUGGCGGAAAGAAAAACGUGACAAGCUGGCGCGGAAUAGGCUAUAGGAGAAAAAUAUGAAAAUUUAGCGCUAUUAUAGGAUCAUCGUCCCCCAAGAUGAUUAAACGAGACGCCAUUAUAGAUAGCACUCCCAAAAGUCUCCUCUUGGCGCAUUCCGCGUGCGUGCGCGCGCCAAUUCAAAUUUCGUCUCUUGGACUAGAUUUACAGGCUUCCAGUAUAUGGUUCUUUUUUUGUAUAAUUUUUUUCUUACUUAUUCAUUUCCAGUUUUCUUUUUAUUUAAUAUUGACUCAUUUAGGGAAUCUAACUUUAUUUAAGAAAGUUUUUUCUUGUUUUAGCGCAAAUUCAAAUUUUCGCCUUCACUCACUUGCACAGGCAAAUGGGGAAGGUACCAUAAUGUGCCCACAAAUAUACCUCUUAAAAUGAAUCUUGAAUAUUCCAUAACGUGUCCAUCAUGAGACGUCGAGCAUAAAUUUUAGCUCUAGCUGCCCAGGGAAUGGUCUCUGGUCGUAGUUGGAUUUCAGAAUGAGACACAGUUCACUAGAUGAAGUUUUUCAUGCUGUUUCCAAAUCUGUUCUCAAAAAAAUGCCGCGCAGGUCCGUGAAAAAAAGUUUUUUGGAAACGUUUUUUUGAGCGGAGAUACGAUUUUUUUCAAAGCUCCUCGCAUGAUAAGGAAAUGUGCUGCUGAAAAUUCAUUUUUUUCGUUUCUCAUGAGCGAAUGGAGAACAACGUGUACAGCUCAUACAAAUUUCAAAGGAAGUCUGAAAACAGAAUGAAUAAAAAAAUUAGAAAACCGAAGUGACUAAAAAAAUAAUAAUAAUAAAAAAACCUGGGAAGCAUUUCCAGGCUACUCGGUAGCAAUCAAAAAAAUUUCAGGUACUCUGCCCGUAUAUCCAGUUAUCAUAGAUAUGAUACCCGGGUAAAAAUUAAUUGGAAGUUUUUUUAAUGCAAGAAAAAAAUUAUACAAAAAAAGAACCAUAUACUGGAAGCCUGUAAAUCUAGUUCAAGAGACAAAAUUUGAAUUGGCGCGCGCACGCACGCGGAAUGCGCUAAGAGGAGACUUUUGGGAGUGCUAUCUAUAAUGGCGUCUUGAUUAAACGACGCGAAAGAAACUGUAUUCCCGGGGGGUAUAGUUGCUUGACAUUUAAAAUCUGAACAGACUAUAGUCACGAUUACAAGUGAAAAUUCACUCUGCUAGUACUACUGCUGCUAGUACUACAGCAGAGUGAAUUUUCACUUGCAAUCGUGGUUACAAAUUUUACUGUUAUCUUUUACUGCCUCUGCUAUCGGAGCUUCAGAAGUUUCGACCGUAUAUUAAUUUCAACUUUUCAAAAACCAAUUUUCAAGUAGCAAACGAUAUUUUUUAAAACGAAAUUUCAAAUAUUGAACUCUAUUCUGAACUUUCUCAAUCCAAGCCUUCGAAUAAAUUUGGUCAAUAUUUGAGAAAAUAUCGAAUGAGCGAUUGUUUUUUGGUCUCUCAUGAGGCUUUUUAUGAUGCCGCCGAGCUUUUAAAAAUUGAGGCUCGGUCUAAUUUUGAACGAAAGAUGGGUGCUAAGACAUGGUCGAGUUUUCUUUUUCCGGAGGGUACUGUAUGUGAAAUUCCGCAUUUGGCGUGUUUGUACAUUACUCUAACCCUAAGAAUAACUGCCGAGAUAAACUCGAGACGCUGGCGGUACAUUGACGAGCUCGCAAACAUCUCGCUUUUUUUCUUGCAUUUUUCUGGGCGCGAGCUCGCAUUUCUCUCGCAUUUUGAAAAUUUCCGGAAUGCAAGAUAAAUGCGAGGUCGCGCCUAGAAAAAAGCGACAUGUUUGCGAGUUCGUCAAUGUACCGCCACCGACCUCGCGUUUAUCUCGUCAGUUAUUCUUAGUGAACAAAAGUUGCGGUGCACCUCGCGUCGAACCGGCUAUCGGGAUGCACCCCUUAUUGAACUCAGCGCGAUUGGGUGCACCCCGCGUUGGACUUUUCGGUGCACGCCUGGUUACACUGCGGGGUGUACAGGAAAGUUCACCGCAACUUUUGUUAGAGUAGCGAGUGAUCCAUCUCCGCGUUUUUCAUUAUAGCGUUUAUUCUAUUUUCGUUCUAAAUCUCAAUGAAACUUCUCUUUUUGGAAGUUUUGGAGAAAUUAAUAACAACUAUAGGAAACAGUUAAAUUGGAACAACUAUUCAUUUUAAGUCAUUAUGAAAAAAAAUAAUAAAAAUUUUAAAACAAAAAUGGAGAAAAGGCGGGACCACUCGAAAUGUGCAAACACGCAAAUUGCACACUCCAAAUGCGGACUUUCACAUACAGUACUCUUUGCAAAACUCUCUCUCGUCGUAACACCAAAAGUUUGAUUUCGUCGACUAUAUCGGAUAUUAGAGUGCUUAUAUCGUUAAUUUUGCUCUAUUGUGGCGCAAUCAAGCAACUGCUCUAUUGUGGCGCAAUCAAGCGGAAUUGUUUAGGCAAGGCGCUAUGAUGAGGCAAUCUUCUGCUACUCUGAAGCGGCCAACAAACUACUUCAAUUGGUCCAAGCCAAAAAGGUUGUCGUCACAAGAGCUUCGAGAUCAAUGAUAAAGUGAACAGUGUUUACCUAUCUUGCGGAAAAAUGUUCAAGAAUGCGUGGAGAGAGCCGAGUUUCUGAAAAAAAAUCUUCAUUCACUGCAGGAGGCGGUAAUUCUUGGUAGGACGGAGAAGUCUUUGUUCACGGAAAUAUUCCAGUACCCCAAGUCUGAGGAUGACAGUAUUAGAGAAAAAGCCGAGUUCAUGAUUAUGAAAGCCGAGUUUCUGGACGACGGGCAACAUUUGCAACUUGCCAGCGACGCAUUCAAGGAAGUUGUCGGAUACGCUAUCGAAAUGGUUCUUUCUAAAUAGUUUUUGAGAUUCCUCUGAAAUAUGAAAAAUUUUUCAGGGUAAAUCUCAAAAAGACGCAGAAACCAGGACGAAAUUGCACGAAAUUGCCAUGAAAGGUCUUCAAAGAGCCGAGCAGCUUGAUAAGAUAAUUCAAGAGAGGGAAAUUGACCAUUUCACUGGGAUGCUACCCGAAGUCCCGCAAAUAGGUACUGCAAAGACUUGAAAGCAAAACAAUUCGCAGAUCUUCCUUUGGCCAUUUCUCCCGCUGUGGCUAUGAAUGAAGAAAUUUCGCCUGUGGUUCCGUCUCCAAACAACGCAUCGGUUUCUAAAGAUCUAUUCGAAAAUGUUCGAAAAUUCGAGGUCUUCAGACCGAGAGAUUAACAAAAGAAGAAGUUGCCGUUCUCGCGUCGACGUCAAAUAUCAACGGUCGUGUCUAUGUACCUUUUCUCGCGUUCGACCUAGCCGAAAAGUUCAAAUUCUCCACCAAAUUCACGUUGAUACAAAUACAAUUAUUCUGUUAUUGUGGGGAUUCUAGUGAUACGGAUGGAAAACUUGCAACGACUGAAAAGCAAAAAAAGCGUCGUUUUUCCUGGAAAAGAGCUUCCGAAAUGUACGAAGAAGCGGUCGUCAUUCAUUCAGUCGACAGUUCUACUAUCAAACAGGUGCUUCGAUGCAGAUAAUUGUUCGAAUUUCCGGUUUAAGACUUUGGUUUCCGAUUGUUCUUUCAUCUCUUCGCUUUCCAUUGCCGCAAGUUAUGAGAGACGCUUUGGGAAACAGCUCGUCACAAGGUCUGUUUUUUUUUCUUUCUCUUCUUUUAUUAUUUUUUAUUCUGUUUAAGUAUAAUCUAUCCACAAAACAAAAACGGCAUUCCUCAGCAUAACCCUUUUGGCAAGUACAUGGUCAAGUUCCACAUAAACGGCGUCUGGAGAAAAGUUGUUUUGAUUUCCAAAAACUGAAAACAAAAAAGAAUACAGGUGAUUAUUGACGACUUUUUGCCAUGCGACGAGAACCUGCAGUUGUUGUGUUCUCACACGGAAAGGAAAGGAGAGUUAUGGGUUUCGCUUCUCGAAAAAGCCUAUCUGAAGGUGAUGGGUGGCUAUGACUUUCCUGGAUCCAACUCGGUGAUUUUUUUGUGUUCAUUCAUAUUCUGA